UUUCAUCUGUAAAAUAGGAAUAAAUGACAACAUUCGCUAUCCCCGAGUUGUUCUGUUUGUCACAAGUAUACAUCAAGUGUCUAGUGUGUGCCAAGCACUUGGAUCCAGACCCGGUCCCUGCCCUCACUGAGCUCCCAGUCUAACGGCAGAGGCUACUCUCUGAGUGGUCCAGGGGGUAGGGAUGCGAGACAAAAUACAGAAUACCCAGUUAAAUUUGAAUUUCAGGUAAACAAGGAAUAACUUUUUUAAGAUAACUAUGUCCUGUGUGGAAACCCGAGUGCUGUAAUGGUUAAGAGCUAUGGCUGCCACCCAAAAGGUCGGCAGUUCGAAUCCACCAGGCACUCCUUGGAAACUCUAUGGGGCAGUUCUACUCUGUCCUAUAGGGUCGCUAUGAGUCGGAAUAGAUUCGACGGCAGUGGGUUUGGUUUGGUUGUUUAUGUCCUGUGUAAUUUUGGGAACCUAUCAAAAAAUUAGGAGUCCCUGGGUGGCACAAACAGUUAACAGUUGACUACUGACCGAGAGGUUGACUGAACCCUCCCAGAGGUGCCUUGGAAGAGAGGCCUGGCAAUCUGCUUCCAAAAGGUCACAGCCUUGAAAACCCUAUGGAGCACAGUUCUACUACUCUGCAUACAUGGGGCCGCCAUGAGUUUUCAUCUACUCGACAGCAACUGACAUCAACAACAAUCAAAAAAAUUAUUCUUUUAUAUGAAAUUCAAAUUUAAUUGGGAGACCUGUAUUUUGGCUUGCUAAAUCUGGCAACUUUAUGAGGGGUCCUCUCUGAGGAGGUUACAUCCUUAAGGGAGUAAGGGCUAAUUGGGUGACGACGAAAUGAGAGUGUCCCAGGAAGCAAGAACUGCACGUGCGAAAAGUCCUGAGGCCUGACCUACUAUAAUUAGUUCACAUCCCUGCUAUGGGAGUUGUCAUUAUGGUUACUACCCGAAAUCUUUCCCAAGCUUCGCAUACCAGGCCCACGGCUCUCUCACGUCCUCCCUCAGCAAAUCACGCCUAUCCCAGAUUUCAAACUGCGCCUCUGCGCUGCUGGGUUUGUAGAUGGGGAAACUAAGGCUACAAGGCGGAGACUCUAGGUCUGAACACCCAGAAUGCGGCGCGGGCGGGGACACUGAGGAGACCGAAUUUUCAGUGCGGGCGGGGACGUGAACCAGAGAGCGUGGUGGGCGGGCGAGACGGGAAAUCAGAAAACAACACGGGCGGGGACGAGAACCAGAGAGUGAGGCGGGCGGGAGUGGUGGAGAACCAGAGAGCUACGCGCUCGGGGCUGGAGAAGGAGAAUCGAGGUUCGGUGCGGUCGGGGACGAGAAGCAGCACUCGGGCGCCCGGGGACAGCGGCCGGCGCGGGCGGGCGCGGCCUUUGUCUCUUCCUUCUGCACGUUCGGCGGUGGCGCCGGCCCCAUGAGCCCGCGGCACCCCGGCGCCCGGGCCGUCCACAGCCCCUGACCUGCCCCUGGCUCGCCAUGGCUGAGGCCAUCUCCGCCGCCGGGGGCACGUCCCUGGAGGGCGAGCGCGGCAAGAGGCCCCCACCCGAGGGCGAGCCUGCAGCCCCUGCAUCGGGGGUGCUGGAGAAGCUUUUUGGGAAGCGGCUCCUGCAGGUGGGGCGCUACCUGGUGUCCCACAAAGCAUGGAUGAAGACGGUCCCCACUGAGAACUGCGACGUCCUGAUGACCUUCCCAGACACGACCGAUGACCACACGCUGCUAUGGUUGCUGAACCACAUCCGCGUGGGCAUCCCAGAGCUCAUCGUGCAAGUCCGCCACCACCGCCACACACGCGCCUAUGCCUUCUUCGUCACUGCCACCUAUGAGAGCUUGCUCCGAGGGGCUGACGAGCUAGGGCUGCGAAAGGCGGUGAAGGUGGAGUUCGGCGGGGGCACUCGUGGCUUCUCCUGUGAGGAGGACUUCAUCUAUGAGAACAUAGAGAGCGAACUACGCUUCUUCACCUCCCAGGAACGCCAGAGCAUCAUCCGCUUCUGGCUGCAGAACCUGCGCGCUAAGCAGGGCGAAGCUCUGCACAACGUGCGCUUCCUGGAGGACCAGCCAAUCAUCCCCGAGCUGGCGGCCCGCGGAAUCAUCCAGCAGGUGUUCCCGGUACACGAGCAGCGCAUCCUGAACCGCCUCAUGAAAUCGUGGGUGCAGGCAGUGUGUGAAAACCAGCCUCUUGAUGAGAUCUGCGACUACUUCGGAGUGAAGAUCGCCAUGUAUUUCGCCUGGCUGGGCUUCUACACAUCAGCGAUGGUGUACCCGGCUGUCUUCGGCUCAGUGCUGUACACAUUCACCGAGGCUGAUCAGACAAGCCGAGAUGUGUCCUGUGUGGUCUUUGCCCUCUUCAACGUGGUUUGGUCCACGUUGUUCCUGGAGGAGUGGAAGCGGAGGGGGGCGGAGCUGGCCUACAAGUGGGGGACGCUGGACUCCCCGGGUGAAGCGGUGGAGGAGCCGCGACCCCAGUUUAGGGGCAUCCGGCGCAUCAGCCCUGUGACUAGGGCGGAAGAGUUCUACUACCCACCCUGGAAGCGGUUGCUCUUCCAGCUGCUUGUCAGCCUGCCGCUGUGCCUGACCUGCCUGGUCUGUGUCUUCCUGCUCAUGCUCGGCUGCUUCCAACUGCAGGAGCUGGUACUGAAUGUGAAGGGACUGCCCCGCCUCACCCGCUUCCUGCCUAAAGUCAUGCUGGCCCUGCUGGUCAGCGCCAGCGCAGAGGGCUACAAGAAGCUUGCCGUCUGGCUCAAUGACAUGGAGAACUACCGGCUGGAGAGUGCCUAUGAGAAGCACCUCAUCAUCAAGGUGGUCCUGUUCCAGUUUGUCAACUCAUACCUGAGCCUCUUCUACAUUGGCUUCUACCUCAAGGACAUGGAGCGCCUGAAAGAGAUGCUGGCCACCCUGCUCAUCACCCGGCAGUUCCUCCAGAAUAUACGUGAGGUCCUGCAGCCUCACCUGUACCGGCGGCUGGGCCAAGGCGAGCUGGGUCUCCGGACCAUCUGGGAGCUGGCCCGUGUCCUGCUGGGCCUGCUGGGCCCGAGGCGCCCUGUGCCUCCCCACCUCGAACCCCAGGCUGUGGAGGGGGGCGGCAGUGUUGGUAUGGGGGGCCGAAAGUGUCUCCGAGGGGGCUGCGGGGCACCCGAGGAGGAGGAGGAGGCGAUGGCGGAGCGGCGGCCAGCUGGGGAAGGUGGGGAGGAGGGUGAUGGGCUGCACGGGGGCCCAGAGGAGGUAGAGGAAGAAGAAGAUGAGGAGGAGGAGGACAAAGAGGAUGAGGAGGAGGGGGAGGAUGGCAGCCUCCUGGACUGUGGGCUGCGACUGAAGAGGGUCAGCUUUGCUGAGCGGGGCACCGGGAGGCGCCGUGGCCUGAACCCCGAGGCCCUGCUGGAGGAGGGCAGCCCCACCAUGGUGGAGAAGGGCUUGGAGCCUGGUGUGUUCACGUUGGCUGAGGAAGACGAUGAGGCUGAGGGCACCCCCAGCAGUCCGGAGCAUGAUUCUGCCUCCGUGCUGCUGCGCCGGGCUGGGGGUGAGGGCCGUGACCAGGGCCCCGACGGUGGUUUGGAACCUGAACCGGGUGUGGGUGACUCAGCCCGCCGGCGGCAGAACCGGGCUUCCUGGAUUGACCCACCAGAGGAGGAGCAUUCGGCCCAGCUCACGCAGGCAGAGCUGGAGAGCUGCAUGAAGAAGUACGAGGACACGUUCCAGGACUACCAGGAGAUGUUCGUGCAGUUCGGCUAUGUAGUGCUCUUCUCCUCGGCCUUCCCCCUGGCCGCGCUCUGUGCCCUCAUCAACAAUCUCCUCGAGAUCCGCAGCGAUGCCUUCAAGCUGUGCACGGGCCUGCAGCGGCCCUUCGGGCAGCGUGUUGAGAGCAUUGGCCAGUGGCAGAGGGUGAUGGAGGCCAUGGGCGUCCUGGCAAUCGUAGUCAACUGCUACCUGAUCGGCCAGUGCGGGCAGCUGCAGCGCCUCUUCCCCUGGCUCGGCCCAGAGGCGGCCAUCGUGUCUGUGGUGGUGCUCGAGCACUUUGCUCUGCUGCUCAAGUACCUCAUCCACGUGGCGAUCCCAGACAUCCCAGGCUGGGUAGCUGAGGAGAUGGCCAAGCUCCAAUACCAGCGCCGGGAGGCCUUCAAGAAGCAUGAGCGCCAGGCGCAGCACCACUACCAGCAGCAGCAGCGCCGACGGCGGGAGGAGGAGGAGCGGCAGCGACACGCAGAACAUCACGCUCGGCGGGAGCGUGAUACCACCGCUGGCAGCCGGGAGGAGGCACGGUCCGAGGGCUCCGGGCUGGACCCCGCUGCACCCGAGAAAGCCUCGGCCAAAGCCAAGGGCGGCGGGGCGGGCGGCCACGGCGCCGAGCGGCCCAAGCGCCCAGGCUCGCUGCUAGCACCCAACAACGUCAUGAAGCUGAAGCAGAUCAUCCCGCUGCAGAGCAAGUUCCUGUCCUCAGGGACCGCAGCCUCACCGGCUGGCGCGACCACCGGCCCAACUUCCCGGCCGGCUGCCGCCCAGUCGCCUACAGGCAGCGACACCCGCCUGCCCGCCUUCCUCAGCUUCAAGUUCCUGAAGUCGCCAGAGACCCGGCGGGACCCUGAACAGCGCAGCCACUCGCCGCCCAAAGCAUUCCACGCCGGCAAGCUCUUCCCCUUUGGCGGGGCCCGGGCCGAGGCCGGGGCCACCGGGGCUGUGGGGCAGGCCCAGCCAGAUGGGAUCCCCAGCGGCAGCGGCGGUGGCCGGGCCCAGCGGAGUGGGCCGGCAGACGAGGCCGCGGCGGAGGAGCUGGAAGCCGCCCGGCCCGAGGAGGAAGGCUCAGGGACAGCGCUGGCCCCAGUGGGCGCCCCUGCCCUCCGCACCUGCCGCAGCUGGAGCCCUGCGCUGCCAUCACCGCCGCCACCACCGCCGCUGCCCAGACCCCUGACACCGCCGCCCACCGGCUGCUGGCAGUGGGACGGGCCAUGGGGCUGUGGGGGCGAGGGUGCCAUCCCACACCAGGUCCCUGCCACUGCUGCCACCGCUGAGUGCCCACCCUGUGCCCAUGCUGGGGCCCCACCUGCCCCACAGCCUCUGCCAGGGGACACCAGCUUCUACAGCCUCCCGCCCCCACUGUCCACCUCUGGGCAUCCCGAGUCUCCGGAGCCCACACUCAGCCCCAGCCCCAGCCCUCAGGCUGUGUGCUGGCCCAGUGGCUGGCACUAGCUGCCCGCCUGCCCACUGAGCUCAUAUGCAAUACCCAUCCAGGGCCGGCUGCCCCUCUGAGGGCCCAGGCCACCCUAUCUGCCGUCGUCCUUUCAACCAGGAGGGGGGUAAGCAAAACAAAGCCCCCAAAACCUACAGAACACACACACAGAACAGGCAAUUAUUUAUUUGUUUUUAAUUUAUUUUGUCAUAUUUUUGUAAAACGGCAGAAAUGCAAUAAAAAGUAUAUUUCAAGAGUGCCAGGGGUCAGCGCUAUGGAAGAGGCUAGGGUAGGCAGCCCUUCCCUGCAUAUGCUGGGCCACGCUUGGGCCUCCCCCUGGAACUGGGACUCAGGGCCACGAUUAGGUUUGCGGCCAUUGCUGCCUAUGAGGUGGCCCAGAUUUGGGGACCAACCGUAGCCUUGGGGCCUCCAGAAGCAGUUGCAGCACCUGCACACCUGGGCUCAGCCACCCAGACAAGGAGCCAAGUUGCCAACAUGAGGAGGCAGCUUGGGGGCCAGGGCCUGGGGUCGGCAGGGGAGGGGGCGUGCAUGGUUCUCUCUGGCUAUGUAGGGGAUGGGGGAUUUGAGAGGUGGUGCUUCCUGGCACACCGCCUCCCUGGGUCACCCUCUGGGAACCCAGGACAGUGGCAAGAACAGAGUAUAGAGUCAGAAGGCACCAGGAAGGAUGGAGAAGUUAUGAUGUGGCAGGGGUCCCAGGGACAGACACAAGCUCCCCUCCCCUACCCAAUGUCUUGAACCGGUAACAU